CCGAAGUUGUGAGCUAUGAACAUGGAGUGGCAGAAAGAUUGCCACCACAAAAUAAAAAACAUUUGAAAGCACUUCCACAGUAUGCUGCAACUGAAGGAAGUGAAGAAAGUGAGCAGCCCGCACGACUGUGUAUCAGAGGCGCAGUUCAUGCAGUUCACGAAGAAGCGGCUAAGGGAGGCAUUGGAGCAACGUUUUGGACCUGACGUCCUCACACCUGCUGAGGAGCGGCUGAAGAAAUCGGACUUCGUCGCUGUCGUCAUGCGUAAGAUGUACCCCUACGGAUCAAGGUUGAAUCCUCGAGCGCUAGAGACUGAUCCAGACGGCUUGACAGAGUAUCAUGCACAUGAGGUUGGGAUGUGGUUCCUCCACGCUUGCCAGCUGUGCAGGGACGAGGGCGGAGACGCGGACAGUCUACACUGCGACAUCAUGUUGGUCGCCGAUCAUUGGGCUGGUGAUCAUUCAGGAUGUGUGGACGGUAGGGAGGUUCUCUGCGAGAAGGCCGGUGGGCGUGCACGAUUGCCUUUGUGUAGCCGCACGGACACGGUCUACGAGCUCGUUCUGCGUGUUCUCGAUAACAAUGCAGCACUAACAUCACGCCGUACUAC